GCCGCCAAAAUCUCCUAACUCAUUUCAUGAUUUCAUCACUUCACUUCUCGCUGAGCUCAAAAUCCGAAAUCAGUUCGAAAAUGCGAACCCUAAUUCGGGUCAACACGACGACAUUGAUAGCCGGAAUCCGAUCGUACUGCACGAACGGGGGGAAGAAGGCGAGUCUGUAUUCCAAGAUCAGCCCACUGGGAAACCCUACAACCAGCAUAACCCCUGAGCUCGAUGAAUGGGUCCGACAAGGCAAGAAGCUCCGAUUCGCAGAGCUUCAGCGCAUCACUCUCGAUCUCCGCAAGCACAAGCGUUUCUCUCAAGCUCUUGAGGUUCUUGAGUGGAUGAAAAGGAAUGAUGCGAUCAGAUUCACCACAACCGAGCAUGCAAUGCGUUUGGAUCUUAUUGGUAAGGUUCAUGGGUUUCUCUCUGCUGAAGAAUAUUUCAAUAGUUUGAGUGAAGAAGAUAAGAAUGAAAAGACAUAUGGCGCGUUAUUGCAUUGUUAUGCCCGGCAGCUCCAAAUUGACAAGGCAUUACUCCAUUUGCAGAAAAUGAAAGAGGAAGGUCUUAAUUUAACUUCAGGUGUUUUCAAUGACGUCAUGGGGCUUUACACAAGAAUUGGGCAGCAUGAAAAAGUUCCUGAAGUGCUUGACAAUAUGAAGAAAAAUGGUAUAUACCCUGAUAAUUUGAGUUACAGAACCUGUAUCAAUUCAUUUGGGGAAAGGUCAGAUAUUGAUGGAAUGGAAAAAGUUUUAAAUGAAAUGGAAAACCAAACCCAUCUUGUCAUGGACUGGAAUACGUAUGCUGCCAUAGCAAAUAUCUAUUUUAAGGCAGGCCUGAUAAUGAAAGCAAAUGUUAUGCUUGUGAAAGCAGAGGAGAAGUUGGAUAGCAAAAAUCGAGAUGGAUAUAAUUUUCUGAUUUCAUUACAUGCUAAGCUGGGAAACAGGGCGCAUGUCCUUAGAUUAUGGGAUGCUGCAAAGAAUACUUGCAAGAGAUGUGUAAAUCAGGAUUACAUAAAUAUGCUGACGUCUCUAGUAAAACUUGAUGAGCUCGAACAAGCACAGAAACUGCUUCUAGAGUGGGAAACAUCUGGGAACUACUAUGACCUUCGAGUACCAUGCGCAGUUAUUACCAGCUAUAUUGACAAGGGAUUACAUGCAAAUGCUGAAAAUAUGCUUAAAGAUUUAAGAAGUAAAGGGAAAAUAGCAUCACCAAGUAUAUGGGUCAGAGUUGCGGAAGGCUACCUGGGUGAAGGUGAGUUGGAGAGAGCCUUGGCCUGUAUGACAGUUGCUUUGUCUUUGCAAGAGAAUGAAGGAUCGAAACCUAAUGCUAAGGUUGUUAUGAGAAUAAUAAGUUCAUUAGGUGAGAAGUGUAGCUUGAAAGAAGCUGAAGCAUUUAUAAGUUUGCUGAAAAGAUUUAUGACAUUGAACAGACAGAUGUACCAUGUACUGCUCAAGUCAUAUGUGGCUAGGGGCAAAGAUGUAGAUGGACUUCUGAACAGCAUGAGAGCUGAGAAUAUAGAUGAAGAUGAUGAAACAAAGAUGAUCCUUAAAAUGAGUCAUGUCAGAAGUUGAACACAGGCCCAAUCCUACUGCCUAGAUGCCUACUUCUCCCGAAAGAUCAGAUGGAGACAAUAACGGUCAUCCCAAUAUUCAUAUCUUGAACAGCUGGGAAGAGGAGUUCCUAUUGGAACAAAACUUUUACACUACUUCCUGAAGGAAUUGAAGGAAAAUGCAACAGAAUUUUGUUGUGGGUGGGGGUGGGAGGAUUCAAUGGGAGAAAAUGCAAGAAGAAAGACAUGAAAAGCAAAUGAGUGAACCUGUGAUGCCUUCACCCAACUACCUACCUUUGCCACAUAUGUUGGCUGGUAAACUGUCUCUACCUCCAUCAGUAAUUUCCUUGCAAGUUCAUGAUCAAAAUAACUUAUUGUUGUGAUUCUUAAUGGGAGCAACUUAUUGGCUUUCUUAGUUUGAAUCGGUCAGUUAUGGAUAAUCUAGGUUAGUUUACUUGUUAUUCUUUGUAGGCUAGGGUCACAAGACUGAGUUUACUCAAGUGUACACUCUCGGGUAAUGACUACAGGACAUGUUUCCUUGUCACCCAACAAAUAUUUUAAAUUGGUGUACACAUUUAUCUCUACCAAUUGUUGUAAUCAUUA